AUGAUCAUUGAACUCCGACGUCUUGCCAUCGUACUUUUAAGCGUAUCCAUCGCCUUGAUCAUAUGCGGUUUGGCAACUUCGCAUUGGGGAUGUGGUAGCCUGUUCGAAACUUGUCAGCGUUCGGACUACAAGGUCGCUGUCAUUGCUGUGAUUGCUCUGCUGCUUGUGGGAAUCAGCUGUCUCGGGAUUGUCUUCAUAUUGGAUCUGGUCAGCCUCUGUUCAACUGACAUUCAUACUCAUUCCGGCUAUAUCACCACUCGUUUCAUUUUUCUCUAUGUGGGUGCUGUUGCCCUCGUCCUCGCGGUGCUCGUGUUUACGGGCACAGUCGGGCAUGAAUGGUCUUAUUUUGUCACCACUGUGGGCUGCGUGUUGGCUACACAAGUUGCCAUUCUGGCUGCCGUCUCAUCACGAUGUGUAACGGUCCAACAUCAUCAUCGUCGGGUAAGAACAUAG